UGCACUAACCCUCAGUCUUGUUCGAGUUGCGCUACAGUUCUCUUGUCCUAACCGCUCGUGACACGAUCGCUGCAACUGUGAAUUUUGUAUGGUAGACCUGUGAAUCCUGCUACCAAUAUACCAGAGAUCCUGUGAUAAACACAGCUUUCAAAUUUUUUUGAGUAACGUGAGAAUAAAGAAGUAAUCAGCCAAGAUGCUAGCAAGCCCAGCUAUGGAGAUGCAGAAUGAGGAGACUCCAUUGGCCUUGCAGCGGCUGUGGAACCUGACACGUGCCCGUCUCGCUGGCACCUCCACCGCCUUGGAUGAUGAACCCGCGUUGGUCGAGACCUUGCCUUCAGCUCAGGAACCGGAAGGAACUCCGAAAAGCUUUGUCGCCAUUCCAAGCGACUAUGAGAGCGACGGCGAGGAGGCUUUCCCUGAGCUCGAAGUACCUGAGCUACCUGAGCCCGCUUACAAAAGUUAUUGGGCUGAGAGCAUUAGUGAGAAGGAAGUGUUGCUGGACGCAAGCACCCUCGGUGAUGUUCCGGCCGUGUACCGUGUGCCUGCGCCCGCGCCGCACCAGAUGCCCGUCAUCGGGGUGUACAUCGACCCCCGCGUCCGAACCGGAUUCCGAUACAAAGUGCGCCCCAUGCAGGCUCUGGAUGCGCCCCCGCUAUCGGUGAAACCAAGAUACUUGUUCGGAGGGAAGGCUCUGACUCUGCAGUCCAUUGGUCGCGGGUUUGCUCGUCGGCUCACCUUCGAACCCUAUGGCUGCACUCUCAAUGACAAUGAUAAUUAUUUCUGGACUGACUCCAACCCUGAAGGCUUCGUCUUUGAAAUUGAAGCUAUUUCUGUCGGAGAUAAAUUCACAAUUUACGAUGCCAAUCACGAGCCUCAGGGGAUCCUGGAAGUUGUUCAGCAGCAGAAAAACCAAGUUGAACUGGAGCAAAACAUAUCCGAUGAUGGAUCCAUUGAGAAGAAAGUGAAGAUUAACACUCUUUGUAAAGUUGAGUGGUAUGAAAAUGAUGGAGCUAUUAAACUUGUGCCUGUUACUGGAGUGGCAAUUCUCAAAAAGGGUCGUGGAAAUGCCGUGGUGACAAGAGUAAUUAACGUGGCCAUCGGUAUCAAGCAGCUCAGGAAAGGCUACGAACUUAAACCCGGCAUUGAAUCCUCAUCCAGAAGAGUCACUGUUAAUGGAGGAGAUAUCAAUGACAUUCCAUGCCAGUAUUGUGUCGUUGGUUUGGAGAGAUACGAGUUGCCUGUUAUUGGAACAUACGUUGACCCUCGGAUUAUUCCCGGUUUCCACUACCGGGUACGGCCGUCUGGCAGCCGUCGGCACUUGUUCGAAGGCCGCAGCUUGUUGCUGCAGUCCAUCGGCAUGGGCUAUGGAAAGCGCAUUACCUUCAAACCAGACACGCUCAAUGCCCCAGAAAAUUACUUCUGGUCUGACUCACAUCCUGAAGGCGUCGGCAUGGAGCCCCGCGCUAUCCACCCCGGCAUGAAGUUCUCUAUUUCUGGAAAUGGGGGUUUGCUCGGAGAAGCCAGCGUCUUCAGGGCCGAUUUGCCACAAGUGGAGGAGAAGACAGAAUAUGUCGAUGUCCCGGGCAAGCGCGGAAAGGCAGUGGAGAAAUACAUUCACGUAGACGUCACAUGUCACGUCAAAUUGGCAACUACUGGCGGUGGCUCAGUGGACUCAGAAGUUCAUUUAAUGAAGGUGUCCGGAGUGGCUGUCGUGCGCAAGGAGCCCGGACAGUCCCAGGCUAAACUAAUCAAGGUUUACAACGUGGGACUGGACUCCCAGCUGAACCUGCUUUUCGCACACUCACAGACCGAGCUCACUUUCCACCCCCUGCCCUAAAUUGCUCACGGCACCGGAAUGGCGUUGCAGUGCUUGUGCUUAUAGUACUGGUACGCCAAAAAACCCACCUGGCGCGACAGAGGUUCCGUCAAAUGCAAACCGAUUUGGUCACGAGUUCGCAACCGAGGCGAGGUCUCUCGUAUCGUCGCUGAAUGUUCGGUUGUGGACUCGCCCGGCGCUCGCUCGCAUGGUCAGUACAUGAGCCGUUACAUCUCGAGCUCUACGGUUGUAUAGGACCACAUCAUCUAGUUCCAAAUUAGUGGCUGUAAAAUUUAAAUCUGUGGCUGCAGAUUGAAAGUAAAAUCCUUAUUAUCUUGAAUUUUAAAUCAGGCUUCUUACCUUUAAAUAUUUUUGUAGGUUACUUUAGAAUGUAAUCAAUGGGUUGAAUUUAUCAGUAUUCUUGUUUUUUAUGGACAUGCAUACCUUUCUAUAUCAGACGUAAUGUAAUAAUUUAAUUAUAAUCACAUUUUGUUUAUUUUAUUUAAUAAUUCCUGUUGUCGGAGAGAGUAGUAAAAGACUAGUAAAUUAAAAUUCCUAUAGCGGCAUCUAUAUCAAAAUAUGUGUGGUCCAACUAUUUGAUCCCCAAUUUUAUUUUUGUUUGUAUUCAAUUUUAGGUUUGUCUCGAAUACUGUACUCUUUUUAUUUAAUAAAAUGAUUAUGUUUAA